AUGGAAGGCAUCGAGGUUCUUGCGGGUGGUGAGCGGCAAGGAAGUCUGGGCAACUUUCUCAAGUCGACAGUACUGCUGAACCCAGACCUUGCAAGUAAAGUGUAUACGGAAGAAAUAUUUGGACCAGUGCUCUGUGUGAGAACUUUUAAAACGGAAGAAGAAGCCAUUGCUCUAGCAAAUGACACCCAGUUUGGGUUGGGAGCCACAAUUUAUACUGCAGAUAUUGCCCGUGCAUUGCGUGUUUCCCAAGAGGUUGAAGCCGGGACUCUUGGGAUAAAUACCGGAUUCGUGCCCAACAAAUUGUCACCAUUUAGAGGUUGGAAACAAAGCGGCAUCGGACGUGAGGGUGGUCCUGAUGGCCUGAAGAGUUAUUUGCAAUCCAAGACUAUUCACAUUAACAUGGCUUUGAACCGGUAG